GAUGUUACAGUGUGAGUCUGCAGGCUGGUAUCCAGAGCCUGAGGUGUUUUGGCUGGACGGUGAGGGAAACCUCCUCUCUGCUGGACCUACAGAGACAGUCAGAGGUCCUGAUGACCUCUAUACUGUCAGCAGCAGAGUGACUGUGGAGAAGAGACACAGCAACAGCCUCACCUGUAGAGUCCAACAGAAGGACAUCAACCAGACCAGAGACACUCACAUUUAUAUUCCAGCUGAUCUCUUCAUGGUCAAGUCAAGAUCUGCUCUUCAUAUCACCAUCUGCCUGUCUGCGUGCAUCAUGUCCAUUAUUGAAGUUGUCUUUGUUUUGUGGAAAUGGGGACAAAAUAAAAUCAACGCUGAAGUGGGAGAAAGAACGACAAGGGUCAAAAGAUUUGGCAACACCACAGAACUUCAGCUUCUGAUUGAGGGAGAAAGAGACGUCAAGCUGCUCCAAACAGAUAGUGAGAAAAUGAAGUAUUUGGACAAGACAAAGGCAAAAGUUGAUGAGGACUUACAGAAGAAAGAGGAAGAAUUGCAACAUGUAAAGCAGAACUCCAGGAUGUUUCGUCUGAAGGAUGGAUGCUCCCCAAAACCACGACUCUGUACCUUCAAUGUUUUGGUUUUCCAUCACACUAUGGCACUGCUUCUGCUAACACACUGCUGUAAAGGUCAGUCUCAAGUAAUUGCUCCACAUCAGCCAAUCCUGGCAGUCGUUGGUGAUGACAUCAUUUUGCCAUGUCACCUGGAACCUGCUAUGGACGUUGCCUCCACAGCUGUGGAGUGGUCGAGACCUGACCUGAUACCCAGAUUUGUCCACGUGAGACAUUCUGGUCAAGAACUUCUAGAUGACCAGCAUCCAUCCUACAGAGGAAGAACAUCGCUGUUCAACAAGAAACUGCAGGACGGAGACAUUUCACUGAAACUCUCCAAAGUCAAGCUGUCUGACAGGGGAACAUACAGGUGCUUUGUUCCCAUAUUGAACAGAGACUCAACUGUGGAGCUGUUCUUUGGUUCAGUAUCAUCCCCUGAAAUAAACAUUUCUACAGUCAGCAAAGGAGUGAUGUUAGACUGUAAAUCUAAAGGCUGGUAUCCAGAGCCUGAGGCGUUUUGGCUGGACGGUGAGGGAAACCUCCUCUCUGCUGGACCUACAGAGACAGUCAGAGGUCCUGAUGACCUCUAUACUGUCAGCAGCAGAGUGACUGUGGAGAAGAGACACAGCAACAGCUUCACCUGUAGAGUCCAACAGAAGGACAUCAACCAGACCAGAGACACUCACAUCCGGGUUCCAGUUGAACUCUUCAUGGUCCAGUCUAGUUUUGCUGUUCGGAUCACCAUCUGCUUGGCUGUGUGCAUCAUGUCUGUUGUUGCAGUUGUCUUUAUUUUGUGGAAAUGGGGACAAAACAAAAUCAAAACCAAGUGGCACCAUGAGGGUGAGACUGAAGUUGGAGAAAAAAAGACUUGGAUCACAACAUUUGGCAACAGCACAGAACUUCAGCUUCUGAUGGAGGGAGAAAGAGACCAGCUCAUGACAGAAAGUGAGAAAAUGAAGUAUUUGGACAAGACAAAGGCAAAACUUGAUGAGGAGUUGGAGAAGAAUGAGGGAGAGUUGGAACAUGUGCAACAGUUGAUUACAACACUGACGGAGCAGAAGAAAGAUCUGAAGAACCAGAGAGAGAAACUCAUCUCACUACAGAAGGAGGACAAGAUCAAGAUACAAGAGUAUGAGAAGAAGCUGAAGACGAAACCAAAAACAGACAAACACAAAAAAAAAAAGAAGCGUGAAAAGACCAAAGAGUUUCUGGAGAAGAGGGCGACAGAACACGAGGAACUAUGUGACCGCAGUCUGUUCGCUGCUCACAUCCUCCAUCCUUUGUUCUAG